UUUGACGUUUAACUGGGUGGUGUUUAAGUGAGGAAAUGAGCGGUACGAACCAUGGCUGCUCAAAGACCGGGACAGUCCACUUGAUAGAUGAAGUCUUUUAAACCAGUCGAUCAACACGUCCUCAGUGAGAAUAAGGUUUUUGGAUACAAGCAAACAACCUCUGCCUAGUUUAAGCUGCUGCUCUACAGAGGAUCCCAGCCCCCACUCUCAUCCCACCAGCCCCCUUCUGCUCCAGUCCUGCAGUGCUUGAAAGACUGACCGGCCACCUGCAUUACCACGAAAGGAGAGAGAGGAGAAAGAGGAGGGAGAGGAGACAGAGGAGAGAGAGGAGGGAGGGGGCAGUGAGUACAAGAAUGACAUCACCUCUCCAGAAAUGUCACCAUUAUCUCAAGCCCGAGCGUUAGCCGUCCACAAGAGCCCCUGGCAGCUGCUGCUAUAGUAACCCAAUGAGACAUGCCAGCCGUGCCAUCACCGGGCCCAGUGCAAGUCCCAACACUCCCUCGGAUAAACCCAGCGCUGAUGACAGCCCACGCCACAGAUGCCAAGUGCAACCCAAGCCACGAGAUCGCCACGGUGACAGGUGUGUGUCAUCCCACAAAAAUUCGAGCAGUAACUCUGGGACUCCAGCUGGGUCUCACCUCUAUUGUAAUGCGGGCUGGGUCUAUAAUCUACCCCAGGCCUGGACCUCUUCACACCUCACUGGACACCCAGACCUCCUGCUGUUUGGGCUCGACUUUAUGGACCUCAUCUAUUACAGCCACAACACCUGUUUCCAAUGCCUUCACAUAGUCAUCAACACUAUUUGAUUUAAGGGAGGAAAUACAAAGUGAUUUUAAGUUUGUGUGUCCGUCCUUGUGGUCAAAGGUGAACAAAUACAGGCUCUAGAGGCCGAGUCAAACCAUUAACCAGAGCGAUGAUGUCAGCAGUUUGACCCCAGAGGUCAUCCAUGGGACAAUGAGGAGUCAGCGGUCAUUAAGGGAAAGAUAAAUACACCAAGCUCAUCCAAGUGACAUAAGGAUGCUGAUAUGAAGCGGCCCCUCCCUCAGUGAAGAUGUAUGAGGUGAUGUCCGGAGACACUCUGGCCUGGAAAGUGCCCCCUCCUAGGACCAGCGACUCCGACUCCAACCCCGACCAAACCCAGUUCACCGGAGAAGUCAAGAUCCUCAAAGUGUGCUUUUGCAACAACAACACGCUGGGCAAGAACUUUAAACUCGUUAAAUGUGACAGCUCGUGGCAAAUUAGGGCAAUCAUCCGCUCCAUUCUGAUCAGUGGCCGUUUGGGGCCGAACAUUCAACACACAGGAUGUUAUGGUCUUCUGUUGAAACACCUGAAGUCUGAGGAAAUCCACUGGCUGCACCCCGACCUGACUGUGGGUGAAGUGGAGCAACGCUAUGAGAGCCAUCAUGUGGAGGCCGAGUGGAGAUAUGAUCUCCGCAUUAGAUAUAUUCCUGUCAAUUUCCUGGAGAAAUUUCAAGAUGACAGAUCUACAUUAGUCUAUUUUUAUCAACAAGUGCGUAGUGACUAUAUGCAGUAUCAUGCCACAAAAGUCAGUGAUGGGAUGGCUCUGCAGCUUGGCUGUUUGGAGAUUAGGAGGUUUUAUAAAGAUAUGAAUGCAAAGGGUCUCGAAAAGAAAUCCAACUUUGAGCUGCUUGAGAAAGAGGUGGGCCUGGACCUUUUCUUCCCUCAGCAGUUGAUAAACAGCAUGAAGUCCAAACAGUUACGGAAAAUGAUCCAACAAACGUUCCUACAAUAUGCCUCUCUCAAAGAGGACAACUGCAUGAUCAAGUUCUUUGAGACCCUCAGAGACUGUGUCAGCUAUGAUGAGGAGGUUUUCCCCUGUGAACUAGUGCAAGGUUGGAGUCUGUCCGUGCAGCUGGUGAUCGGGGGCAGGGGCAUUCGUCAACGUACUCAGGAAAACGCCGCUCCUGUGUUUUUAGCAGACUUCAAACAGAUAAAGAGAGUACAAUGCAUACCUCAGCCUGAUGGCAAGGCUCUCAUCAAUCUUGAAGUGGAGGGGGCCAAACAGCGUUUAACAAUUAAUGUGGCGAACAUCCCCAGAGCAGAAAACAUGAUGGAUCUCAUUGACGGUUAUUGUCGUUUGGAAAAUGACAGUGAUGUUUCAGUUAUCUACAGGCCAAAUAAGUCAGAUACCAACGCACGCAGCUCCCUCCCUGAGAUUCCCACAGGCAGCAGAGCUCUCAGCUCUAUCAGGCAGAGCAUGGACUCAGAUAUUUAUUGUGAAAUCCUCGAUGAAAGGCCCAAAUCAGUUGUUAAAUAUGGGAUUGAUCGACAUGACAUUGUUCUCGGGCGGAUCCUUGGGGAAGGGUUUUUUGGAGAAGUGUAUGAUGGAGUUUACAAAAAAGCUAAUGGAAACAGAAUUAAUGUUGCUGUGAAAACAUGCAAAGACUGCUCACCGGACGUCAUGGAGAAGUUUAUGAGUGAAGCAGUGAUUAUGAAGACUCUGGACCAUCCUCAUAUUGUGAAACUCAUCGGUAUCAUCGAGGAAGACCCCGUGUGGAUUGUCAUGGAACUGUAUCAACAUGGAGAGCUUGGCCACUACCUAGCUCAGAACCAGAAGACGCUGACAGUUGUAACUCUGGUGCUGUUCAGCCUGCAGAUCUGCAAAGCUCUGGUCUACCUCGAGGGGGUCAAUAUGGUGCACAGAGAUAUUGCGGUUCGAAACAUAUUGGUGGCGAGUCCAGAGUGUGUGAAGCUUGGAGACUUUGGAUUGUCACGAUACAUAGAGGAUGAAGAAUAUUAUAAAGCUUCUGUGACGCGGUUGCCAAUAAAAUGGAUGGCUCCAGAAUCGAUCAACUUCAGGCGCUUCACCUCAGCCAGUGAUGUGUGGAUGUUUGCGGUAUGUGUGUGGGAGAUAAUGAGUUAUGGGCAGCAGCCCUUUUUCUGGCUAGAGAACAGGGAUGUCAUUAACCAGCUGGAGCAGGGCAUCAGGCUGCCCAAGCCAGACAACUGUCCCCCUGCCCUGUACUCACUCAUGACCCGCUGCUGGUCCUAUGACCCCCGCGAGAGGCCCACCUUCACUGAGCUUGUGGUCAAGAUCAGCGAUGUCCACAAAAUGGAGAAGGAGCAGGAAGUGGAGAGGGAGCGGGACAAAGCACGUUCCACGAAGUUUUUUGACACAAAGUUCAACUUUAAUGAACCUCCUCCUAAGCCCUCCAGAAUAAAGCCAGGUCGGUUUGGAAACACUCUGAGCAUUGGUCUGCACAUCCAGUUGAAUGAGGCGCUGUGUGCCAGCUCUCCAGACCUGGCCAGCCCAUGUGAUUACCAGUCUCCUAUUGACUCUAGAAACACUUUGGCACUGCCAGUCACGUCACCGCGGCGCCGCAGCAUGGGGGAGGGAGAGUUUCUACGAAUGGAGCCCAACAGCAGAGAAGACGUCCAGCGCCUGUGGCAGCGGGAACGGCUGCACAUGCAGGACACUCUCCGCAGGCAGAAAGAGGAGAUGGUGGAGGAUAAAAAGUGGCUGCAGAAGGAAGAGAAACUCCUGGACCCAAUGGGACCAGAGGUAGUCGUUAACCCAGAGCCCCCAGACUUGGACAAUGCUACACCAGAGAAGCCACCACGAUUCACAGCCCAACCUGCGCCCACUGCUGAACUGGACCGCUCCAAUGAUAAAGUAUACCACAAUGUGAUGGACUUGGUCAAAGUGGUGGUUCAGCUGAAAAAUGACGUGACAGAGCUGCAGCCUGAACAAUAUAUUAGCAUCAUUAAGUCUGUGGGGAUGGCCUUGCGAGACUUGAUUUGCAGCGUGGACGAGAUCCUGCCCACAUUACAUGAAUCUGUCAGGACUGAGAUCGAGGGCACCCAGAAGUUGCUGAACAAUGACAUGGCCGAGUUGAUCAGUAAAAUGCGACUGGCCCAGCAGAACGCCAUCACGUCUUUAAAGGAGGAGUGUAAGAAGCAGAUGCUGACUGCGGCGCACACUUUGGCUAUGGACAGCAAGAACAUGUUGGACGCAGUGGAUCAAGCACGAGUGAGAGCAAACAUAGCCAAACCUGCUGCCCCCUAGUGGACCCUAAAUACAUUAAUAAAACAACUCAUUACUGUUCUGAACUCAGUGCUGUUUAUAGUGAAUAAUGUAAUAAUAUAUGUAAAUGAGUAUUAUAAAUGUGGGCAUGUAAACAAGUGUACACUGGAAACUACACUCAUCGGUAUGCACUAUGUAAUGUUUCUACUGGAGGGUCUGCCACCUGUUUGUUUCUAUGGAGAUGGUAUUGAUUUCCCCAGAAAGCUCCACAGUAUGGUCUAUCUCCAUUGAGACAAGCAGGUGACACAACCAGAUUAAGUUACAGGUCAGAUCUGUGGAGAGGCAUUAUUUUUCAAAGUAAUAUUUUUUUUAGCAAUCAAAACACCUCCAGGCAAAGCAUAAGAUAACAAUAACAGCUCCAUGCAGACAAGCUGGUAGAGAACCCUCCAUCAGAAAAGUUAGUAAAGUAUACCUUUAAACUGACAAACAUGUGUUGUAUAAACUUCUGUCCUUCACGCUGGGUCAGUCAUUUUCUUAAUGCAUCCUUUUUUUGCUGAUGAAUUCCUUUUGGUCGUAAAAUGCCUCAUGUCACGUAAAGCACACCUUAAACAAAACCCAUAGGUGCAGACCCAAAGACCUAUAAUUCAAUCAGAUGCAUGACUGCAUGUCACUUCAUGGACCCAAUCCAAAAUGUAAUCGUUUUGUCCUUGGCCCUGCCCUUCUCCAAGACUGACUAAAUGAAAGACUGAAAACACUGAUAAAGGAAAUAAAUUGUUUUUUAAUCUUCUGCCAUUCACGUUUGUAUUGAAUACAUUUAUGUAAACAUUUGGGUUGAAGAUGGCAAGUAUUUGUUUUUAAAACUGACACUCUUUAAUUUCACUGCCAAACUUGAAAAAGUAUUUUGUAAUUAUGUUGUCACUCUAAAUAAAAUAUCCCAUACAGUGGAUGGGGGCAGUGCAUAAUGUAA